GCUGAGCUCUUCCCCCUCAACUGCCCUAUGGAGCGGGUACUGGGGUCAUUAUUAUACCAAGGAGGAGGCUAAGGAUGGGCAGCAGGGGCUGGGGGGGCGGACAUGAGGUGGGUGGCUGGCCUCUAGGUGGCAGUUGGCGAUGGGGCAGUUGUCAGAUGCAAGAUCUAUGAAAUGAAGUCAUUGUGUGGAGAAUGGAAAGGGAGAGGGCAGGCCAUGAGGGAGGAGGGCACCAGUGUCCACCAGGCCAGGAGACAUCUGUGCAAGGCCUAACCAGUGCACAAGAGCUGAGGCAGUCGCCUAGCAGAGGGAGGUUUGGCCUGGCAGCAAAGAAACUGAGGUGGGUUGUGAUCAUCAGGGCUGGACCUACCUGGGCCAGAACCUGCUGUCUGCCUCUGGGACGUGGAUGGGGAACAAACCUGGGGAGGAUUAACGGGUCUGUAGUCUCAUGGGGGGGCUGGUCCUGUCUUCUGACUGCUGCUGAAAGCUCUGCAGACCCUUGCCAGGAUAGUAUGAGUGAGCUGGAAAGGGGGACAGAAGAGGAUGAGGGAGGGAGCACCUCCGACACCGCACCCAUGCUGCCCCGGAGGCCUCCCGACCACCAGACCUCCGGCCUGGCCACCCAAGGCCUCAGGACCCUGUUGCUGCUGGGCCAGGCCCUGACCUGGCUCCUGCUCCACCUGCUGCUUCCUGGAAUGGUCUUUCUGCUGGUGCUGCUGCCUGCAGUGGUUGUGGUCUACCUGGGAUUCCUUUGCCACUCCAGGAGCCCGCCCUUACAUCCUCCUGGCCCCGCCCGGACUCCCGCCUUCAGGUCUAGGUUCCUCCCAUACCCCAGUUUUAGCCCGCCCCUCUUUCUGCUGCCCCCUCUCCAAGACGCAGACCCUGACUCUUACUGGCCUGGUCUAAGGCUCCAUCCUCACGUCCCACUGGCCCGGUUCAGGGUCCUGCCCAUUGCCCCGCCCCGCCUGCCCUCCCCUCUAUCGUGGGCACAGCCCUUCUCUGGCCCCGCCCAGGGCCCCUCCUGCCUCCGACCGACCCGGCUAGGGCUCCUCCCGCUCACUAUACUCGUGCUCGCCUCGACCGCUCGCGACCGCCUGAUACGGCGCCUGCGGCCACUGCUGUCACCCCUAGCGUGGACCCCCUGGCUCCCCGGCCCCAACGGGGAAGAGCAGCUCUGCGCCUGGGUGACCCCCGAGAGAACCCCGAAUUCCCCCACGAUCCCAUAAAGCACCCCAGGCCUGGCGCCUCGGUGCCCUCUGUCUGCCACGAGGUGGCACCAUCUCCUGUGACUCGGACCGACCCUCUCGCCUCCCUCGUUCUCCCCGUCACCGCCCCAGCCCCCGUUCCCGGGGUGGCCAGGCCUUUUUGGGAGACAUCGGGUCAGCAAAGGCCAUCACAUUCCAGAGCUUGUGACCCGGUCGGGGCCAACCCCAACCCCAAGCCGGAUCAGGGCUAUUGUGGCUGGGCUCCCGCUGUCCUGGCGCUAGAGUAAGAGCUCAGUCUAUUUUUCUGGGUAAUUUUAAGAUCUGUCUUUGGCAUUUUGCAGUGUUACCAGCAUAUUUCUCCAUGUGGAUAUGUUUUUCCGGCUCCUGAAAAUUGAGCUCAGGGCCUCAUGUGUGUAGGCAAGGAUCUGCCACGAAGCUACUUCCUGGCUUUUUAAUUAAUUAAUUUUCAUACUGGGCAUUGAACCCAGAGCCUUCACACUGAGCUCCAUCUCUAGCCAUUAUUAUCAUUAUUAUUAUUAUUAUUUAUUUUAUUUUGGGGCAAGUUCUCUAUAAGUCUCUUAAGUUGCCGAGGCUGGGUUCACACUUACAGUCAGGCCUCCUGCUUCAGCUUCCCAAAGUGCUGGCAUUACAGGCUGGUGCUGUCAAACACAGCUCCCAGCCC